AUGGAUCGAUUCAUGAAACCUGACAGACUUGAGUGUGAUGAUUUUGAACAAACAACAAGUAUUCUCGAGUCUAUCUACAUAAAACCAAAGAAUGAAAUAUUUGCCAGACACAUUUUGUCAACACGGAAGCAAAAACCAAGUGAAACAAUAGAUCAAUUCCUCAAUGAACUUAAAAAUUUAUCUAAGGACUGUAAGUUCACUGCUGUUACAGCUGAGCAAUAUAAAUCUGAAAUGAUUCGCGAUGCGUUUAUAAAUGGCUUACUCUCCAAUAGUAUAUGCCAACGUUUACUAGAAAACAAAAUAUUAGACCUUUCAUCAGCCUUUGACCAAGCUAGAUCUUUAGACGUGGCCCAACAAAACUCAAACUUAUACUCACAAUUGACUAUACCUACCUCUGCCUCUAUUCAGGAAAUCAAAUCACCUUUACAAAAACAGUCCAUGACUGAUAAUCACUUAGCUGCUAGAGCAAAAUCAAAACAAUUGUGCUGGUUUUGUGGAAACAUAAGACAUCCACAUACUAAAUGUCCUGCUCGCAAAGCUAUCUGUCACAAAUGUAAAAAGAUUGGUCAUUUUGAAAAACUUUGCAGAUCAUCUAAUGUUUCUGCUGCUAUUCCUAAAAUUGAUGAUGAUUACUUCUGUGCCACCAUAUCAGCUUCAGCAAACUCUCUAUUCAGAGUUUGUCAUAACAUCAUUAUUAAUGAUAGAUAUAAAGCAGAAGCAUUAAUUGAUAGUGGAAGUACAAACAAAAGUUUUAUAAGCAACAAACUAGUGACUCUACUCCAUUUAAAUAUUAUUUAUGAACAGAGUGUAAUUGGAAUGGCAUCAGCUGCCUUAUCUGCAAAAUCAGAUGGAUAUUGUUAUGUCUCAAUAACUCUUCAAAACAAAAUCUAUAACAAAGUCAAGUUGCAUGUGCUGGAUAACUUAUGUGUAGAUGUUAUUCUUGGCACAGAUUUUCAAGAGUUGCAUGAAAGUAUUACCACCAAGUAUGGUGGGAAAAGACCACCCAUAACAUUUGCUGCUUUAAUAACAAUGAAAACUGAACCUCCUGAAUUAUUUGCUAAUCUCACGCAAGAUUGUCGACCGAUUGCCACUAGAUCUAGAAGUUAUUCUCAAAGAGAUAAAGAAUUUAUUAAAUCUGAAAUCCAUCGCCUGACUCAAGCAGCAAUAAUAGAGCCUAGUAAUUCACCUUGGCGUGCCCAGGUCUUAGUAGUAAAUGAAAAGACUAAACGUCGCAUGGUUGUUGAUUACUCUGAAACUAUUAAUAAAUAUACUCAAUUAGAUGCAUAUCCUCUACCUAAGAUUGAAACGAUUGUGAAUAUAAUUUCUAAAUACAAAAUUUAUAGCACUCUCGACUACUACCAAAUCCCUUUAUCAAAAAAAGAUCGACCAUAUACUGCUUUUGAAGCUGACAAUAAGUUGUGGCAAUAUACUAGAAUGCCUUUUGGAGUUACCAAUGUAUCUGCAUGCUUUCAACGCAAAAUAGAUGACUUUGUUAGAAAAUAUAAACUAACUGACUGCUUUCCUUUCAUUGAUAACAUUACAAUAUGCGGUAAUAGUCAGAAAGAACAUGAUGAAAAUCUACUUAAGUUCAGAUUAGCUGCCAUUGAUGCUGGAAUUACAUUUAAUGAAGAGAAGUGUGUAUUUUCAACUAAGACUUUAGAUUUUUUAGGUUACCGUAUAUCGUAUGGCUCUUUAAAACCAGAUCCUCAGAGACUUGCUCCUCUCAUCAAGUUACCCCCACCUGAUAAUGCAAAGUCUUUACAGCGAAUUAUUGGAAUGUUUUCGUACUAUGCAAAAUGGAUAAGAAAGUUUUCAGAUAAAAUUAGACCUUUAAACUCUGUUAUUCAAUUUCCACUCAAUCAGCAGCAAAUAUCAGCAUUUGAAACAUUAAAAAAUGAGCUUGUUCAAUCUUCCAUGCAAACCAUUGAUGAGAAUAUACCUUUUACUGUGGAGACUGAUGCUUCUGAUUUUGCCAUAUCCGCCACACUUAAUCAGGAUGGAAGACCUGUUGCCUUCCAUUCACGUACCCUUCAAGGGAGUGAACAAUACUAUUCAUCAGUGGAGAAAGAAGCUCAAGCGAUAGUUGAAGCCAUAAAUCAUUGGCGCCAUUUUCUUUUGGGUCGACAUUUCAUUCUCAUCACUGACCAACGAUCUGUGGCGUAUAUGUAUGAUUAUAAAUCAAGCAGUAAAAUAAAGAAUGAUAAAAUAAUGCGUUGGAGAAUAGCUUUGUCUCCAUAUUCUUAUGAUAUCCAUUAUCGUCCUGGCCAAUGUAAUAGUGGUCCAGAUACAUUUACUCGAGUUAAAUGUGCAGCAAUAAGUUCAGAAUCUUUAUAUAAUUUGCAUGCUGCACUUUGCCAUCCUGGUGUUACUCGCUUCCAUCAUUUUAUUCGAUCAAGAAACCUCCCUUAUUCAGUAGAAGAUGUAAAACAAAUAUGUAGGGAUUGUAGAAUAUGUAGAGUAAUAAAACCCAAGUACUACCGCCCAAAUAAUGUGCACCUGAUUAAGGCGACUCAGCCAUUCAAACGUAUAUCUAUUGACUUCAAAGGCCCAUUACCUUCUUCAACCCCUGAACAGUAUAUGCUAACAAUUGUAGACGAAUACUCAUGUUUUCCAUUUGCUUAUCCUGUGAAAGAUAUGACAACUCAGACAAUAAUAAACUGUUUAGCUGAUCUUUUUUCAAUGUUUGGUAUGCCUAGCUAUGUUCAUUCGGAUCGUGGAUCCACAUUAAUGUCUUCUGAAUUAAAGCACUGGUUCUUAUCAAAAGGGAUCGCAACUAGUAGAACAACCCCUUACAAUCCGACUGGAAAUGGGCAAGUUGAAAGAUACAAUGGAAUUAUUUGGAAGGCGAUAUUACUUACUCUGAAAUCUCGAAAUCUGUCUAUAUCAUCAUGGAAAAGAGUUUUGCCUGAUGCACUUCAUGCUACAAGAUCUCUAUUAUGUACUUCUACUAAUUGUAGUCCACAUGAACGUUUUUUUAAUUUUCAAAGAAGAUCAUCAUCUGGGUCUUCAAUUCCUUCAUGGCUUGUUAACCCUGGACUUGUACUUAUAAAAAGAAAUUCAAUGCAAAGUAAAUAUGAAGAUUCAGUAAAUGAGGCUCAGCUCAUUGAAGCAAAUCCUCAUUAUGCCAUUGUGAGAUUUCCUAAUGGUCAUGAGACUACAGUGUCUACAAAACAGCUGGCUCCUAUCGGAACAACUCCUAUAGUACAAACAUCAAAUGACAAUUUAGAAAUAACAGCUAUUGAUAACUACCCCUUAACCCCUAAUGGUAGCAAUGAAACUCCGUUAGUCUCCGAAGAGGAACUAGAAAGCAUAGGGAAUCCUAUAGAGCAAAGUACUCUGCCUCCUUAUUUUUAG